AACACCUACGACAACACAGAACACACCGUGCAAACAUCCGGUCGUCAUGCUGGCCGGCGUCAAUGCGAACGAUCUGGAGGCUCUGCUGGAGUUCGUCUACCGGGGAGAGGUGAGUGUGGAUCACUCUCAGCUCCCAUCGCUGCUGCAGGCGGCCCACUGUCUCAACAUUCAGGGCCUCGCACCGCAGACGGUAUCCCACAAGGAUGACAACACGACGUACACCACAUCGAUUCAGCUGCACCCGACCCUGGUACCACAGAACCAUGCCGUCAAGGCCGUCAUCGACGUGGGAAACAAUGUUUGCACUGAAGAUUUGAUCACCACCUUGACACCGACCCAGACUGUACAGGCCCAAGUUAUCGAAACCAUCACCCCGGACCAGAUGAGCGACGAAGUCACCAAGGAUGUUAUCAGCCAAUUCCUGCCGACCCGCAAACGCAAGCAACGCCCGAAGAAACCCUCCCAAUCGCAAGGCCAGAACACUAGCGGAACUAUCCAGGCAACGGCAACCGUAUCGACGGGUGGAACCCAAGCUGCCAAGGUACUGAAAACGGACGAAGAAGGUACAAUCCAGACCAUCAUCGUGAACAGUGCAGAGGAAGCCGCUAACGUUGUAAAGGACAUCAAGAAGGAAGCCAACGCCGAAGGUGCAACCGUUCUCGACACCAAGGAUGGAAUUAUCAAGGUUAAGAGCAAGUCCCAAUCUGAACAACCCGCCACUUGCCCGAUUUGCCAGGCCGUCAUCCGCCAGUCUCGUAACCUACGUCGCCAUUUGGAACUGAGGCACUUCAAGAAACCGGGUGUAAAGAAAGAACGUGUUAAGAAGAGUAACGCUGCAGGACAGGCCAACACGAGCGGAUCAAAUGGCGCAGGAUCAUCGGCGGCAGACCAACAGGCACAGGCAGCGGCUCAGCAAACGACCAUCGACACCACCGGAACGAUAUCGGUCACGGUUUCCCAGGCCCAGGCACAGCAACUUGAACAGGCAGCCGCAAACGGACAGCAGCACGUGGUCACCCAGCAUGAGAACGCCGACGGCACGACUUCGCUCUCGAUUGCCCAGGUACAAACGCUGGACGGACAUCAACUUGCGAUCGGAAAUCUUAAUCAGGCCACGUUGAUCCGCGCCGGUGAAUCGAUCGAGGCAGGAAUCAUCGCUACCCAUGAACCGACAUUGCGUCCACACACCGAACUUUUCCGCGUCGGUAACACCGUCUACACGAUAGAGGAACGUCGACCGGACCAGCCGAAUCGUCUGACUUAGAACGAUGACGAUGACGUCGACAAUGGGGGCGACGUGUACGAAAUAGUGGAAGGCGUCGAUUACGAUUGCAUCAUCGAUAGUGGCGUGGAUGUGGAAAUUGAAGAAGAAACCGGCGAGGGAAUAGUAGUAGAGGAGGAAGAGGAAGUAGUGGCCGGUGGGGGCAGUGCAGCAGUCGGGACACCAGGGGUGAUCAUCGAUACCACUAACGAUGAUAUGGACGAUGGAGGUGAUGGAGAUGUUGAAGACGAGGACGACGAUAAUGGGCUGCUUGAACAACAUCAUCAUCAGCAUCUUCGACAACAGCAACAGCAGCGGAGGCCUCGUCAUCAACUGCUUCAUCAUCAGGUAGGAACACAGACGGGAGAAACAACGGUUGUCACGGUCACUACGGCUGGCGGAGCCGUAGUCAGUAGCGGCACAGUCAAUCGUAAUGCGAUUACCACCACUAGAUUGAACAAUAGCGGCAGCAACACUGGUAGGGGUAACAGCAACGGCAAUGCGGCCGAAAGCGAUCUUGCGUCGUCCUACAAGCACUUUUUUAUUAUUUAAUUUAUUAAAACAACUUAUUCCUCCUGUUGGUAAUGACGGUACGUCAAUAAGAAAAAAGAACGAAAGUCAAAGAGGUAAUACGUUUUCAAAAUUUGAUAGCGAUUUGAAGCUACAACAGUAUGUUUUUUAUCGAUAUCAACACAUCGGUCAAAAUUGGUCGAAUUAAGGAUGCAAAACACUUAAGAUAAAAAGUGAAACGAGUUUUAGUAAAAUUUUCAUAGAAAUCGAUUCUCAUAGGUUCUGGAGGAUUUUUUCGUAUAUGUUUUAAGUGCUAUCAACAGAACAUACACCGUAGAUGAACAAUUCAAACAUUUCUCACUUUGAAAAUGCACAGGGACAUGCAUUGAAAAGCAAAACAAAAUCCACAUACCCUCACUCUCUCAAACAUUUUAUUGAGCUUUGUACAUAACGGAAUUCAAUAUAUUAAGGUAUAAAAAUGAACAUAUAAUUGAAUAUGUUAAACGUAGAAAUACAAACAGACGAUAAAACACUACACAGCAGACAACCACAUCAUUUUCGAUAUAGAUUCAUUUAAGAACACAUCAUUGUAAUGAAGCAAAUGCAUCUCGAAUGCAGGCUCAUAUGUAAACACAUACACACAGAAAUAAACUUUUUUCGCAAUUAUGAAUAAAAAUUUGUUCUUCUCAUGAUUUUCUAUGUCGUGGUACUUUAUUCCCACUAAACAGAAAUGAUUGGAUUGAAAUAAGUAAAAUAAAAGUUCUGACCAAAUAUUUACAAACUUAUUAACAACAAAAAAACAGUUCAUGCAAAGAAUAGAAAGAAUUUGUUUGUUUCCACAAAAAAAAAAUUGGUUAUUUUUUUUCAAUUUAAAAAGUUAAAAUUUAAUUCUGUGUUUGCCAAUCUUUUGUCAGCUUGGCUGCAAAAUUUCAAAUACAAACCCGAAACAAUUGUGACAACAAUGCACUGUAAAAUUGUGUUUAAUCAAAAGGAAAUUUCAUGAAAACGAAUAAAAACCAAAAAACAACCGCAACAAAAUAAAAGUACAACACAGUUCCAAAUUUGGACUAAAACUGCACAGUGUUAUUUCUCAAAUUUCGAUAAAUUUGGUUGAAUGACGAGUUGAAUGUGGACGAGUAAAAUCUAAAUUAUGUAAACAAAUGAUAAAUCAAUGUAAUAUCUCCCACAGUUUAAAACUAGUUGUACAUCAAAUGUAACCUGUGUCUGUAAAAUUGUCUUAAUCUGUUGAUAACAAAAAGAAAAUUACGAACACAAGACGAACGGAAGAGAACGAGAAAACCGACAGACUUUUGUAAUCCUCGUUUUAAGAAAAUUGUUUAAACUAAGGAUAAAAUUUCGGAAUAACCGGCUUUGGAGAGACCUGGGGGUUUUUCUCAAGGCGAAAAUCAAUGAUUAAUUUUUAUUAUUUCUCUAAGUUGACUACUGGCGAUACUAUUGGGGUGUGCAUUUAUGUAUUACUAACUCUUCGAAGAAAAAGAAUUAAUAUAAAGAUGUGUAGGUAGUUACACACCGAUGAAAGUUGUUCUGGUUUUUUUUUAUUCAAAUUUUUUUUUUUUUUUAUUUAACAAAGGUUUUAUUAGGCCCAUUACUUAAUUCAAAGUUUUUCUGGCCGAUGGUCAAUAUACAAACUAAUCUAUUUUUUAAAUCUAAGGAUGGGUUUUUUAGGGAUAGGGAAGGGGAAGGGGAUAGGUUUAUUUUUCAACUUUGUAUCAUGCGAAACCGUGGCUGAGCUACACUGGCUCGCAUGAGUAAAGAUGAGGAUUUCAGUAUUUUUGCUCUGAUCACUGUUCACUUCCAUUUCUGGAUUGGAGGAUGAGCGACGUAAAGGUUGAGGAUCAUUCCUUUUUUUUGGUGGUGAGUCCGUUUGCACAUUUGCGCUACAUUUUUCGGUUGGUGCUGGUAAAUUCGGUUUUUGGUGGCUUCGUUUGGUGUUCGGAUUGGGUUGAUGCUGCUUCUGUUGGACCUCGUUCGGCUUUGUGCUUGAAGACUUCGGGUUUUGAUGAUUAUUAGAUGUGUGCGGCUGCAAUUUGGCUACGCCAGCGUAGCUGGUGUUGUAAAUGCUAGUGGUGGAUGUUAUACUUUUCCGUGCUUCGGCUAGGGAGAUAUUCAGGUCGAUGGCGAGUUUAAGUGAGGCGGCUUCAUUUUUCCAGAUCUUGCAACUUCGAUCAACUGGACUGUGGUUUUCUUUGCAAUUCAGGCAAAACGGAUCAUUGCGACACGUGGUGCUUUCGUGUUUUCCGGAGCAUUUGAUGCAAGCGAUUUGGUUCGUGCAUUUGGCCUUCGGAUGACCAUAUUCCAGACAUUUUCGACAAAGUAGGGGCAACGGAUAAUAAACUCGGGUUCUCAAUCUUAAAAGACCGAAGUCUAUAAACUCGGGUAUCACGGUGCUGUUAACGGUUAAAAUAAAAGUCGACGUUCCAACGAUUCCGUUUGAUGUUUUUCUGGUGAUGCGCUGCACUUUGGUAAUCUUUUGAGGUAUGAGUUCUGCGAGAAGUUCUUCGUUUGUCAUUUCACCGACCUCAUGACAUUGAACCACAAACUUUCGGGUGUUUAAAUUCGGAUGGCGACCGAUUUCUAUUUUUGUUCCAUCGAUUAAACUUUUUAAUAGUUCGAGUUUUUUAACUUGUUCUUCGUUGCGUACUUUCAACACAUACCACUGGUUCUUGCUAUCAUAGUAUCCACUUUCGAUUUUACCGGCAUGGUUUUCAACUGACUUGCCGAUUGUAAAAGGAUUCUUGGGAAGACUUUGACCACCUGCUCCUCGAAGGAACAGGUAAUGUAAGCGACCGAACAGGUUAUUUCGGUCCAUCCAAACAGGAAGCUUCCUGUCUGGAUGAUCGCCGGGAGACGGGCUCAUGGCCACGCACUUUUCGAUUUACGCACCAAAAUUCUACACUAGCCUUAUGUCACGAGAGAAGAAAAAAUCAACCGAACUCGAUCAAGGCUGAGAGGAAACUCCUUUUAUUCAAAUAUUAAUUUAAAAUUUACAAUGGGGUUGAGAAUCACAUUAACGGAAAACUAUCUUUACCCGGUUCAUAAAGAUUAGAUAAUUAUAGAGAAAUUGAUUCAUCAAACGAGAACAAGCGCGAGAAAAAGCUUAAAUUCAAUAUGAAACCUUAUGUGACGUACUCAUCCUUCUUAGCAGUUUAGAAAACUAAGGUAAAAAUAAAAUAAGAAAGAAUAACAAAUAUAGAAGAGAAAAAUUUUAUCCUAGUUUACGAUUGAAAUAAGAAACAAAAACCUUCAAAAAGGAGAAUUUAUAUUCGAUAUAUUUCCACUAUCGCCUCCCAACCACCACCACACAUUCAUAAAAUGUGACUAGGAAAGUGACGGAAUCGGUUUGAGUAUGUGCGUCCCUAGCCGUAGAAUUUAAAUAACCCAUAAUGCAAUUCUUGUAUUUUAAUUCAUAACGCGUAAAUUAUGAAAUAAUAAUAAAUGUUAUUCAGAAAUGUAACAGCUGUAUCAAAGAACCACUUUCAUCUUAAAGCAGCACCGAUUCAGAAACAUGAUCUUAUACAAAAUCACAAGACAAAAAAUAAAACGAAAAUUAACGCUACAUAAAUCAAUCGAAAAGAGAGAGAGAGA